AUGAUUUCGGUUGUUAAUUCAUCGUCAUAUGAUUUAUCAGUAGUUGAAGGUGAUGAUAUUUAUAUAACAUCAAAUAUGGAACAAUUUUAUGAUGAUGAACAAAUUCGACGACCAAUAUUAUCAUCAUCCUAUAAAUUUGGUACAUCAUUAUGGUUUAAUAAAAUGAAUUCAAAAUUAUAUAAUAUUUCACAAGAAGCAUUUACAUUUAUGCGAUCAGGAUUAACAAUUAUUUUUGAUUUUGAAUGGUUACGUAUUCCAAAAGAUAUAGAAUAUGAAAAUUUAUCGAAAUUAUUUUGGAAAUUUGAUGAAAAAUUAACAAUGUUUAUGAAUGGUUAUACAUUUAAUAUUCGUGAUGAAGCUCGACAAUUACUUGAAGAAUAUAUUAUUCAAGCUGAUUUAUCUAUGAUUCCACCAUCAAUUACGCUUAAAGAUCAAUCUCAUAUGAGUUAUUAUCGUUCAGUCUUCUUCAAUACAAGUGAUAUUAAAUCUGAAGGUAUUGAUAAAGUUCUUCUUCCACGAAUAAAACCAUAUUCAAUAUGGCUUGCAACUGGAAUUGCUCUUAAUAAAAAAUCAGGUUCAUCUAUUGCUCAACCAAUUUAUUUACCAAAUAAUACCGGCCUUUUUGUUCUCGGUAAUUGUCCAAAACAAGUUAAUAUUGAUGAACAUGCUCUUUUAACAUAUGGUAUUAAUAAUUAUCUUGGUAAAGAUUUAACAAAUGUUAUGCUUCGUAUUCGUACUUCAUCUGAUUUUGAACUUUUUGAAGAAUCAAAACCAGAACAUGUUGUAUCAAGUAUUGAUAAAAAUUAUACACUUACAAUUCCUUUACUUAAAUCAUUUGGUGUUGAAACACGUCAUAUGGUUUUUGUACCAAAACGUACUGGUAUUAUUCAAAUAAUCAUUGAAGUUGAAUCGGAAUUUGGUGGUGAUUAUGAAAUUUUAACAAUUUUUGUAAAUGAAUCAAGUAUUGAACGUAAACAAUUAUCAGUACAUCUUUUUGAUUUAAUAAAUGAAAAGAAGAUUUAUAGUCCAAUUGUUGAAAAAAUAACUCCAACAUCAACUCUUUGUUCAGUUCAAUUUUAUGUCUCAGCUACUGCUUUUAAUUAUCUUAUUAAACGAUAUACAAUAGAAACAAAUACAUUAGUUGGUAUUGAUAGUGCUAUUGUUUGUCUUUAUCGUUUACUUGGUCUUCGUCAUUAUUUACGUGAAAUAAUGCAAACUGAAUUACCAAUCUUUGAUAUGGCAGCUGAUAAUAUAGGAAAAGCUUAUCAAACACUUCAACUUUAUAAUAAUAAUGAUGGUUCAUAUUCAUUUAUAUCUGAUAAAGGUACACAAUAUUCAUCACUUUAUUUAACAUCAUUAGCAUUUGGUGCUAUGAUUUCGCUAAUGAUGCCAUUUCGUGAUAAUGUUACACUUAAUCGUACAUUAAAUUGGAUAUUAUCUCAUCAAGCAGAAGAUGGUUCAUUUAAUGACAAUGAUCCAUUUUUUCAUCAUUAUGGAUUCUAUUCUGGUAAAUUUAAUCGAGAAUCAUUAACAGCUAUUGUUUUAUAUUCUUUAACACAUGAUUUUUCAUUGAAUUCUAUGCCAGAAUUUAUUCAUCGUCGUUUAUGUUAUGGACCAAAGAAUGUAAUAAUGCGUGCUCCACAUUAUUUAGAAAAACAUAUUUCAAAUGUUAAAGCACAUUUAUUAACAGCAUUAUGUCAAAUUGCUAUCAUUCAAAAUUUCGAUUUGGAAAUUGACUUACGUAAAAAAAUGUCUCACAGUGUUAUAAAUACAAAAUUAAAAAAUGUACAAUAUGAUUCAAAAUAUGUUCAAUGUAAUGAAAAAAUGACAUUUGUUGAAGAACUUUUACUAAAUAAAAUGAUCAUGUUACUUUAUUUCCAUCUUGGUGAUUAUAAAACAGGCAAAAAUAUAGCUACCUGGAUAUUUAAUCAAAUUCCAGCUGAAAAAAAUUAUUAUAAAAUAUUAGAUGCUGUAUUUGUGGAAAAUUUUUCGAUUAAAAUUGAUGUUUCAUCUAAUAAUGAUGAAACAAUUUUUUUCGUUAAUUCAGAAAAUAUAAAUACAACACAAAUAUAUCAAAUAGAAUUACCAGUUAAUGGAAUUAUUUAUAAAAUAAAUGGUAUUGGUUGUUUAAGUCCAUUUACAUUAACACAACAACUGAAACCAAUGCCAUGGCUAAAUGGAAUCGAACUUAAAACAUGUGUAACAUAUACGCCAAGAUUAACAAAUCAAUUAUUAACAACAAAUUUAAAUAGUAUUUUUGUUAUUGAUACAGAAAUUCCAUCCGGUAUGUGUCUUACUGAUCGUCAAAUUGAAUUUUUAAGUAAAGUUCAAAAUAUUUUCAAAAUUGAAUAUAAUCCACAUCGUAACAAACUGAUUUUAUUUAUUCAUAUAGCACCAAGACAAUUUGGUGAAGCAAUAUGUUUUAAAUGGGCUCUGAAACGAUUAUCAAAUGUUACGAUGUGGAAGUCAAUUUACAUACAAAUAUAUAAUUAUUUCCAACAAGAAACACGUUUUGUUAAAUGUGUUUCAAUUGACAUAGACCAAAAAGAACUUGGUUAUACGUUUCUUGAAGCUGCUCAAAAAGUAAGACUAAAUCUUCAAACAUAA